UUUUUUGUUUAUUUGAAAAGCAUGCAUAUGUAGAGCAUUAUUAAAAUUAAACCGAUUGUUAGUCUUGUUCUAUUUGUUUAACACUAAACAGUGCUCAUCUUCUGGAUAAUAUCAUAUUUAAACAGAAUGCAUGCAGAGAAGAUGAAAUAUUUUAGACUAAGCAAGGAUGAUGAUUUAUUAUCAAAAGAAAUGAAAUCCACUUACUCUGAUGAUUAUGAAAGCAGUAGCUCUGGUGAAUCUAACGAUAAAUGUUUAUGCUUUAACAAAACUUCUAAUAUACGAAAAAUAUUUUUUAUCCUCUUCGUUGUAUUCUCUGUAGUUAUUGGCCUUGCUGUUGCAGUUGUUCUUAAAAAAGAAGAUUGGAUUUUAGGAAAGUUGGCCAAAAGGUUAUCUAGAGGCGAUUCACGUAAACUUUUACUAGAUGAUGUCCUUGGUGGAAAAUUUUCUUAUGAGUCUUACUCUACUCUAUGGAUUUCAGAUCAUGAGUAUAUUCAUGAACAAUCUGAUGGCAUCAGUUUAUAUGACAUGGAUGGCCCCAGUUUACAUCCCAUUAUUAAUGGAAAAGAAGCGCAAGAGAGUUUAAUUGAUAAAGUGAAGAAGUUUUCAGCGGAUAGGAAUUACUUUUUAUUUUCAAAUAAAUCUGCUCAUCUUUACAGGCAUUCUUUCUAUGCUGAUUAUUAUGUUAAAGAUAUGAAAUCAGGAACAAUACGAAGGAUAAGGCCACCUACUAAUGAAGGUGAUCAAAUUCGAUAUGCCAGCUGGUCCACAAAUGGAAGUGCCCUUGUGUUUGUUUAUAAAAGUAAUAUUUACUUUAUUCCCACAAUGGAUACGCUUCAAAUGCAAUAUUAUCAAAUUACCAAAGAUGGUGAAACAAAUACAAUAUUCAAUGGUGUUCCUGAUUGGGUAUAUGAAGAGGAAAUUCUUGCAUCUACUCAUGCACUAGAGUUUUCUGCUGAUGGCAGAUAUAUGGCCUAUGUUAACUUUAAUGCAACGAGUGUUCCAUACUACAAGUUUCCUCGCUAUGGUUCUCAAGAUGAUUCUUACACAGUAAUAGAGAAGAUUGCUUAUCCAAAGGCUGGUUAUCCUAACCCAUUGAUCAAGAUUAUGAUUGUGGAUUUGCAAUCAGUUAUAAAAUUUAUUUUAACUGAAAAGGUUGUUCUUGCACCACCAAUCGAAAUAUCUGCAGGUGAUUACUAUUAUGCUGUAAUGAAAUGGAAUAAAAAUGCAAGACUUUUUGUUCAGUGGAUGAAUCGUCAACAGACUAAUACAAUAUGUAUGUUGUAUGAACCUGGUGAAACACAAGGAGUAAUUGUAGAAAAACACAAAGUUAUAAAUGGAUGGGUUGAUGAUGAUUAUGUGAAGCCAUACUUCUCCAAGGAUGGGUCAUAUUAUCUUACAAUGCUUCCAAAAGAUGUAGGAAAUGAGGGAAAGUAUCGUCAUAUUGCAAAAGUCUCAACACAAAUUCCUGAAACAAUUGAAUAUUUAACUGAUGGUACUUUCACAGUGCAAGAUUUAAAUUGCUAUAAUACGGAUGAAGAAAUUAUCUACUUUCGAAGUACCGAAAGUUCAUCCAGAUACAGACAUGUGUACAGUUAUAAUCUUAAAACCAACAAGAAGAACUGUAUCACUUGUGGGCUUAUUAAAGAUAAAGAAACUGGAGCUAAUUGUACCUAUUAUUAUCCGCAGUUCAGUAAACAAUGUUCAUGGGUAACUUUAAUGUGUCAGGGUCCAUUUGUACCUUCUACUAUAAUGUACAAUAUAAAAUCAAAAUAUCAAAUUCUUCUUUCUAAUAAUAUCAAUACAAGAAAUGCUUUAAAAGAAAAAGAUAUGCCAACAGUUCAUUAUUACACUAUUAAUUCUGAUGGAUAUGAUAUUCCUGUCCGAGAAACUCGUCCAUAUGAUUUUGAUCCAAAAAGAAAGUAUGCUGUUUUGUUUGACGUAUAUGGUGGUCCAAACACCCAAAAAGUAUUGGAUAUGUUUCAGUUACAUUUUGAUGAAUACUUAAAUUCAAAUUAUGAUAUCAUAACAGUUGCAUUUGAUGCAAGAGGUUCUGGGUACUAUGGUUACAAGUUUUUACAUGCUGUUUAUAAAAGACUUGGUUAUUAUGAAACAAUUGACGCCGUAAAUGUUGCAAAGUAUCUGAAAAAGCAAUCGUAUGUUGAUCCAAAUAGGUUUGCAAUAUGGGGAUGGUCAUAUGGUGGUUUUUAUGCAGCAACAGUAUUGGCAGAUUCACAUGGUGUAAUAAAUACUGCAGUCUCUGUCGCUCCUGUUACUGAUUGGAGAUAUUAUGAUACUGUUUACAGUGAAAGAUAUAUGGGACUGCCUACUGUAGCUGAUGAUUUAAAAGGAUAUGAGGAAACUGCAUUGAUGUCAAAAGCUUCUCGAUUUAAAGACAAAAAUUUUCUACUUAUACAUGGAACUGCAGAUGACAAUGUACAUUUUCAAAAUUCUGCACAACUUGCAGCUGCUCUUGUUAAAGAGAAAGUUAAGUUUACCACACAAUUUUUUACUGAGAAAGAUCACAACAUUGAUAGCGGUGACUAUGUAUAUACGCUGAUAUUGGACUAUUUACUGAGCAAAUUAAAAUCUUAAUACAAGUUUUAUACAGAUAAAGAUCACAGCAUUAAUCCACGCUAUCAUUUAUACGUUACUUUGGCCACAUUUUUGGAAGAAAAACUGAAGUUGAAGAUGAUUUGAAUGCUUAUUUUCUCUUUUCUCCUUCAGUAAAACGGAUUUCUCUUUCCGUUCUGCUUUAAAAAUCUUCAAUAUAAAAUUAAAAACAAAACUAGCUUAAAAGUUUGUGUUUAAAAAAUAUGUAGCUUUAAAAGUCACAAAUUGUAAAUAGUUAUUUUGAAUUGUAAUAAUUUUAAAUUAACACAAAAUUAUUUUAUUGA